GAAUCUGAGAGAGAAGGAUUCAAGACGCUUCGCUGUGCUAUUUCUGUCACGUAGAACGCAUAUAUUCGUUGUUGCAUAUAAGUGUACUAAUAUCGAAACGCAAAUAAUUAAUAAACGGUGCGAAACAGGAGCGAAAAGAGUUGAAGUUUGUCGAUUUUUGAUUAUUGCAUCGGAGUUUAAUUGAAUUUUGGGUGCUUUUGUUUAACAGUGACCGUGAUAAUUCGAGUGAUAGUGACAACAAUGUCUGUAAUUAUGGAUUGUUUUCAUCAGUAGCGGACAUAUAACAUUUCUUAGUCACUUUGUUUAGCUGAUUUCCAAUAAACAAGCCCGAUUCAUUGUUUUCUGUCGACUUUAUAGCACGUUCGCCAUCAACUUUCUGUUUAGCGCGAGUUUUUGACCUAAAAAACGGCGUCUUUUGUUUCUCAAGGGUAGUCGCCUAUCCUUUACUCCGUUUUCCCUCUCUUUAACUUGCACGUCAUUUGCGUAGCACGAGAAGCUAACACUGAUCACAGUUGAAGUUUAAUCUAAGAACCGAUUGCUGAAAUCGGAUUGCGCACGGACGUAUAUUCGUCUCGAUAUCUUUAAUUAGAGAUCUGUGAUGUACAAGCUCGGCGCCGCGGGAAAAAUCAUUACGUCCAAGAUUAAUUUCGUACACUCAAAGAGGAAAGGAAUUUUCAUAUAUAUAAAAAAGAUGUACAAAGACUCAAUAAGUCUUCGAUGUCGUAGAAGUUUUUUAAAUUUUCGAUUAUAUUGAACAUCCCUUGGCCGUCCGACUGAGAAACGAGGUCAAGUUUAGUCGAAAAACACAUUAAAGGUCAUCAACUCCUAUCUAAUGGAGUAUUAAUGACAAAAGUGUUUGACUGAGAGAUGCACCAAGAGUAUCCAGUACAGAGACACUGUUCUUACACAACGUAUAAGUAAACUACUGUUGUUGACAAGAUGAAAUUGCUGGAGAGUACACGUUUUGAAGCCAUAAACAGUGCCUUGUCCAUCAAGACUGGAGACAGCAAAAUAAUAGAAUAGAGAGCUACUCUUGCAAAAUGGCUGGAAAUGAUAAACAGCUAUAUAAACGUUUCAAUGCAGAACAAGGUUUUACUCCACAUGAUCUUCAAGCUUUAUCACCCCCACAAACAUCAUUAGGAACAUCACCUGCUCAAGGAUACUUUAGUCGCAGUAUUUCUGGUGAUGAAGAUGGUCCAUUAUGUGAUACAAUCAGUAGAAAAACAUUAUUCUAUUUGAUUGCUACUUUGAAUUCUGCUUUUCAUCCAGAUUAUGAUUUUUCUGAUGCUAAAAGUCAUGAAUUCAGUAAAGAGCCGAGCUUGCAAUGGGUCAUGAAUGCUGUAGACAGUAAUUUGAGUGCAACUGCGGGAGACCAUUAUCGUACUUUACGAACGGCACUUUGGGCUGCCAUUGAUGACGAAAUAUCAUUAAACGAAUGUGAUAUUUAUAGUUACAAUCCAGAUUUUGCAUCUGAUCCAUUUGGAGAAGAUGGAUGCUUAUGGUCUUUUAAUUAUUUCUUCUAUAAUAAAAAGCUAAAACGUAUUGUGUUUUUUCCAUGCAGAGCAAUAAAUCCUCUCUACGUAUUAGAUUCUGGUGUUGGCAGUGACUUUGCUAUGGAUGAAGAUGAAGACAGAUACUAAAUUCAUAAUACAUGUUUAUACAAACUUCGUCACUAUCUUUAUUAGUUUUGCCACAAAGGCAUGAAUGAACAUUAAAUUUUAUCUAUUACAUAACUUAUACAAUGAUACAUCUCAAAUUUUUCAUAAUUAUUUCGUUUAUUUUCACUUGUAAUAAUAUUUCUUUCAGACUUAAGUCUAACAAAAAUUCUCUUUUUAUCUUUUUUUAUAUGAUAUUGAAGUAAUUGUAGUCAAGAAAAAAUCUAAUAGUUUUGAAAAUUUUGUAAGAUUUUGAAACAAUAUUUUUCUUUGUGACUUUAUAAU